AUGGGAACAUACAAUGUGUGUGAAACACCCGUCUGCAUCGAACGAGCUCGGCUUAUCAAUGAGUCUCUCAAUACCUCCGUCGACCCAUGCACUGAUUUCUACUCAUACACCUGCGGCGGGUGGAUGUCCAAACACAAGAUACCAGACAGCCAGGCAAUGACGAGCACUUUCUCCCGGUUAGAAGACGAACUGCAGGAAACGCUUCGAGAUAUUUUAGGAAACAUUACUGUUGUCGAAGCGAACCAGAAAGUCACAGACAAAGCAGCGGUCGUCUACAAUGCUUGCUUGGCUGUUCCGGAUCUCGAAGAUCGACGGGACGUCAUCCUUGCUAUAAUGAACGCUUCCGGUCUCGAUGAGUGGCCCAAAACAAGCGAGAACAAAGAUAAGAAGAGGAACUCUCGAAACUCCACGGACGCCCUUAGCAGGAUGCGGAUUUCUACUGUUCUUUCAGCUCGUGUUGACAGAGAUUCCAGGAAUUUAAGUGCUUACGUCAUUGAGCUUGACCAACUAGAAUUCCCCACGGUGGGUAGAAACCAGCUCAUCAAUCAAACUACUAAUUACAGUAAACCAAUUAUUGCUGCCUACAAGAGGCUCAUUCAAGUGGCGAUGAAGUUCAUCAAGCCCAGCCUGACUGACGAUGAGCUCGACAAACUUUCCAAGAAUCUUCUCAAGUUUGAAGGACAGUUGGCCAAUCUCACCGCUCCUCCUGAAGAGCGGCGAGACUUGAUGAAACUUUAUCAUAGAACCACCAUCGAAGAACUUGAGAGAAAUUUCUCCUACGUACCGAUCCGCACUCUACUUCAGAAACAAUUCUGUCAAGUAAACAUUACGUUAGCUCCCAAUGAGACCAUCGAACUCUUCGCUCUGGAGUACUACAAAAAACUAAAUGAAUUUCUACGAUGUGCCGACGCUGACACGCUGUUCAACUACGCCGGUCUGCGUCACAUGUUGGAAUGGGCUGCGACAGGAUCACAAGACUUUCGAAAUGCUUCCUUCGAGCUUCGCAAAGUGAAAGAAGGAGUGCGCGUUCAAAAGCCGAGGUGGAAACUGUGCGUCACCGAGGUAAAGGAUGUGAUGGUCGAGAGUGUAGACUACCUCUACGUGCAGAAAAAGUUCAAUCAACAGGCCAAGAAAGAGGUCGAAGACUUGGCGAGAAGGAUCACAGUUGCCUUCAAUGAAUCUUUACAAUCACUUAGAUGGAUGGAUGACAAGACUAGGGCUGCAGCAGAGACAAAGUUGAUGAAAAUCGGAUCCAAAAUUGGAUAUCCUGACUGGCUGUUCAACAAGACAUACAUUGAGGGACUUUACAAAUUUGUUCCACAUCUGCUCCUGAAUGCCUCCUAUGGGGAGAUGCUAUACGCAAUAUCAGAAAACAACCGGAAACGGGAAAUGGCAAAGCUGCGACAACCAUACGACUCGGAUACUAACUGGAUAGUUGGCGCAGCGGUUGUCAACGCUUUCAACUAUCCGAAUGGCAACGAAAUGGUGUUUCCUGCGGGGAUUCUUCAAGGCGUCUUCUAUGAAUAUGGAAUACCACGUUCCUUCAACUUUGGAGCCAUAGGCACGGUGGUUGGUCACGAAAUGACACAUGGCUUUGACGACACAGGAAGUCAGUUCGAUGCAGAAGGUGCACUCAAACAGUGGUGGACCAACAAAACUCGCACUGAGUUCAUGAAGAGGGCCGAAUGUUUCCAGUAUGAAUACGGAAAUAUCACCGACGAGGAAGCAAACAUGACGCUCAAUGCCAAAAGCACUGUAGGCGAGGACAUUGCUGAUAACGGUGGACUCCGUCUGGCUUUCGAGGCGUAUCAACGACUUCUCACACAGGAGUACAAGAACAUUGACACCCGGCUAAAAGGUCUGGAACAUAUCUCUGGAAAUCAGCUGUUUUUCAUCGCAAACGGAAUGAUAUCGUGCAGCGCGAGCCGUCCUGAGCACCUUAAGCUCCUGAUUCAGUACGACCAACACAACCCUGAUCCAUACAGAGUCAACGUACCAAUGUCAAACAUGGAAGCCUUCUCCGAUACCUUCAAUUGUUCAGCGACCUCUAAGAUGAAUCCGAAAGACCGCUGCACUUUGUGGUGAAGCGUGGUCGCACACGAUUUGAAGGCAUGUCUGCAAAGUUUGGAGGCACUGAACUAUUCAUUGCGAGUUGCAAGGUCCGCUGCACCAUCAGGACAUAGAGUUAUAAUAAAAAAAGAACUGAAUUAUUUGCUUAC